CUGCCAUCAUCAACCACUCACCUCCGCACGCCGCCUCGCCGCCAUUUCACGCCGUCAACACCCGAGCAGUGUCUUCCAAAUCGAUAUCCAACACUCCAGACAACACCGCACACGAUGAACCACCUUCCGCAAGCUUGGGGCCGUCCCAGAGACGACGUGUACGGCGCCUAUGACCACUCACAUUUCCAGACAGCUGGCCCUAUUCAGCACUCGCAAGGACCCAUCGUCACCGGUACCUCGGUUCUGGCGGCAAAGUUCAAGGACGGCGUGGUCAUUGCGGCAGACAACCUGGCUUCGUACGGAUCGCUCGCUCGCUUCACCGACGUCAAGCGGCUGCGGAAGUUCAACGAUGAGGUCGUGGUCGGCUUUGGCGGCGACGUCUCAGACAUGCAGUACAUGGACCGCCUGCUCAACUCUCUCGACAUCCGCGAGAACUACGCCUCGACCGACGACAAUCUCAACGCCAAGAACCUCCACACAUACCUCGCCAAGGUCAUGUACAACCGCCGAUCCAAGUUCGACCCGCUGUGGAAUCACCUCUUGAUUGCUGGUCUGGACGGCGAGGGCAAGCCAUUCCUUGCGAGUGCAGACCUCCUCGGUACCACAUUCUCUUCUCCGUCCAUUGCUACCGGUUUCGGAGCGCAUCUUGCACAGCCCAUCAUGCGGACAUUAUUGCCCGACGAGGCAUCGGUGCAAAAUGUCACCAAGGAGCAGGCAGUGGAGAAGGUCAAGGAGUGCAUGAAGGUCCUCUUCUACCGAGAUGCAAGGAGUAUGGACAGGUACUCUAUCGCUGUCAUCACGAAGGAGGGCGUCGAACUGAACGAGGAUGUCAAGCUGGAGAACCAGAGCUGGGCGUUCGCAGAGAGGAUCAGAGGAUACGGCACCCAGACGGCAUAAGACCGGGUCGGGCGUGUCUGAGGCGUGGAGAUGACGAUAUGCCCAGAGCCAAGCAGCUCUAGAGGCGGAACGGCUGAACGAUAGACAUGAAUAAAUGUACACUUCGAUGAAACGAUUAUCAAUUUCAAGCCUUCACCAUCCUUCGGGGAAGCCAC